AUGUUUUACUAUUUUGCUUUUGGAAGCAAUUUACUAAAAGAACGCAUACAACUGUCAAAUAAAUCAGCUGAAUACGUCGGUGUUGGAGUAGUAAAUGAUUAUAUUCUUUCCUUUGGUGGCUAUAGCAAUAAUUGUUGUGUUUAUGGAACUGUUUGGAAGAUGUGUAUGAGCGAUAUGCGUACGCUAGAUUUGCAAGAGAGUGCUCCUGUCCUGUACAGACCCGUAGAAGUCUCAGUCAAAAUUGCAUGUGACACCUCAUCGGACGUAUAUGUUAAAUACGUCUGA